CGUACGGAGCGUGUGGAGUUCAUUUCGUAGCUUGAACUUGUGAAAAUUAUUAUUUUUACAGUUCAAAUCUACACAAAUUGUAGUUAGUGAAUUGAUUUCUAUCGAUUUCCAUCAAAUACCAUCAUAAUUAGGCAUUCCUCCUGUAUUACGAUGGAGGACCGCAGCGGAAUCGAGCGUAUUUAUGGUGGUUGCGAGGGUCCGGAUGCCAUGUACGUGAAGCUAAUCUCUUCGGAUGGACAUGAAUUCAUCGUGAAGCGGGAGCAUGCCCUCACUUCGGGAACAAUCAAGGCUAUGCUUUCAGGACCCGGCCAGUUUGCAGAGAAUGAAGCGAACGAGGUCAAUUUUAGAGAAAUACCAUCACACGUCCUGGAAAAGGUGUGUAUGUACUUUACAUACAAGGUGCGCUACACCAACAGCUCUACGGAAAUUCCCGAAUUCCCGAUCGCCCCGGAAAUUGCGCUGGAGCUGCUGAUGGCUGCUAACUUUUUAGACUGUUAGAAACUAUGUAAGAAACGUGCGCGUGUUCGGUCGUGAGAAAGAGAAUGAACGUCGGAAAACAGCAGAUUGGGUAUUGGCUUAAUUAACUCGGAACAACUCAUAAAUAGAAAACAGCAUAAUUUAUCAUCAUUUUUAUUGUCAGUAAAGAAGUGGAUACAUACACCGGUAGAUGCGAAUACUCCCACAUUAAAUGGCAAAGUUUCUUCGACAGACAGGAUGAUAUACUUUAAUCGGCGGAAGACACUGCAGCCUUACCAGGACAGAAUAGUUUGUACAUUGUUUUUUUUUUGAUUUUUAAUUCGCAUUACAGAUAGUGUGGAAACAAUAUGAUUUACAAACAAUUUUAGAAGUUUAAGCAUCAUAAUUUAUUUGUUUGUUGAUAGAUGAAGCUUACUGGCUAAUCAAUUGAUUUUUGGAGCAUUUCUUAUAAAAUAAAAAUUAUCAUUCGGAAAUCAUGUUCACACAGCCCAGCCCAGCAACAAGUCUAUCAUGUCUAUGUUGAUUUAAUUUCUAUUAUUGACCUAUCUUUUGACUGAACGUUUUCUUUCUUUUUGGCUUUUUGUAAUCAUAAUUUAACCGUUUCAAGUAGUAGGUACACAUAGCAAUGUAAUCUACUAUUAUAGUGAAGAAAUUAAAACAAUUGGAACUGGAGUUAAACUAGGAAACAAAUAUGUAAACCAAAGCACUUUGGCUAUUUAGUUGGAGGGCGACAUCAACCUUAUGGAAUGUGUUUUGCUAAUAAA